GAAAUCACUGCCCCCAGAGCCAAGAAGACACCGGUGAGAGGCUGGAUUUAAAACCCGCCCUCCGGAGGGAUCUCGUUUCCCCCAAAAACCUCCCAUUUUCUCUCUCUCUCUUUCUCUCACUCACUCUUCUGUCUCUCUUUCUCUCUUUCCCUCUGUCCCUCUCUCUCUUCCUUUACCUUUAUCCCUCGCCUUUCGCCGUCUCCCCCACCACAAUAAUGGAUCUCACGGCGAGAUGUUUGUGUCUCCUCUCCUGUCUCGGCGUGAUAUUGGCGAUCGAUUUGGACGCGAUUGAUCCAGGCUACUAUGUGGAGCCCACUGCCACAUCAGACGCGAUCGACUAUAAGGAUCCCUGUAAAGCUGUUGCCUUUCUGGGAGACAUCGCUCUUGAUGAGGAGGACCUGCGAUCGUUUAAAGUGGACAGAAUAAUAGAUUUGGCUCAGAGAAGCGUCCAGAUUGUAAAUCACACAGACACAGGAGCAACCAAUCAGAAUAGCCAAAACAGGCAAAGCUCACGCCGCAGGAAAAGAGCUGCCACCUCCAGACCUGAACGUGUUUGGCCUGAAGGUGUCAUUCCCUAUGUCAUCAGUGGAAACUUUAGUGGCAGCCAGCGGGCUAUAUUCCGCCAAGCCAUGCGGCACUGGGAGAAGCACACCUGUGUGACCUUUAUUGAGAGAACGCAGGAGGAGAGCUAUAUUGUCUUCACCUACCGACCAUGUGGGUGCUGCUCCUAUGUUGGUCGACGCGGAGGGGGCCCUCAGGCCAUAUCCAUAGGGAAAAACUGUGACAAGUUUGGCAUUGUGGUGCACGAGUUGGGUCACGUGAUUGGAUUCUGGCAUGAACACACGCGGCCUGACCGAGACGAACAUGUCAGCAUUAUCAGGGACAACAUUCAACCAGGACAAGAGUAUAACUUUUUGAAGAUGGAGCCGGGGGAGGUGGACUCUCUGGGAGAAGUCUAUGACUUUGACAGUAUCAUGCACUAUGCCAGGAAUACAUUCUCCAGAGGCAUCUUCCUGGACACCAUCCUGCCACGCUACGAUGUGAACGGAGUGCGACCACCCAUUGGCCAGAGAACCAGACUGAGCAAAGGGGAUAUCGCACAGGCACGCAAACUCUACAAAUGCUCCAGAUGUGGGGACAGUCUACAGGACAGCAGCGGGAACUUCUCCUCUCCUGGCUUUCCCAAUGGAUACUCAGCCUACAUGCACUGCAUCUGGAGAAUAUCAGUCACACCAGGGGAAAAGAUCAUUCUGAACUUCACCUCCAUGGAUCUGUACAGGAGCCACUUGUGUUGGUACGACCACGUGGAAAUCCGAGAUGGAUACUGGAGGAAGGCGCCUCUUAAAGGUCGUUUCUGUGGUGAUAAGCUGCCUGAGCCAAUCAUUUCCACCGACAGCCGACUGUGGAUUGAGUUCCGCAGCAGCAGUAACUGGGUGGGAAAAGGUUUCUCCGCCGUUUAUGAGGCCAUCUGUGGUGGGGAGGUGAAGAAGGACAAUGGCCAGAUCCAGUCCCCCAACUAUCCUGAUGACUACAGGCCCAACAAAGUGUGUGUGUGGAAGAUUACUGUCGCUCAGGGCUACCACGUAGGCCUUACCUUCCAGUCUUUUGAGAUCGAAAGACAUGACAGUUGUGCCUAUGACUACCUGGAGGUUCGUGAUGGAAACUCUGAAAACAGUCCCCUGCUGGGCCGCUUCUGUGGCUACGACAAGCCAGAUGACAUCAAAACCAGCUCCAACCAGCUGUGGAUGAAAUUUGUUUCAGAUGGCUCUGUCAACAAGGCCGGCUUUGCUGCCAACUUCUUCAAAGAGAUGGAUGAGUGCUCCAAGCCGGACAACGGUCGCUGUGAGCAACGCUGUGUCAACACACUAGGCAGCUACAAGUGUGCCUGUGACCCAGGCUAUGAGCUGGCUGCUGACAAGCGCAGCUGCGAGGCUGCAUGUGGAGGCUUCAUCACCAAGCUGAAUGGGUCAAUCACCAGCCCGGGGUGGCCCAGAGAGUACCCCCCAAACAAGAACUGCAUCUGGCAGCUGGUUGCCCCCACGCAGUAUCGCAUCACUCUGCUCUUUGACGUCUUCGAGACUGAGGGCAAUGACGUCUGUAAGUACGAUUAUGUGGAGGUGCGCAGUGGACUGUCAGCAGACUCAAGGCUACAUGGGAAGUUCUGUGGGGCAGAGAAACCAGAGGCUAUUACAUCCCAGUACAACAACAUGCGCAUUGAGUUCAAGUCAGACAACACAGUGUCCAAAAAAGGCUUUAAAGCGCAGUUCUUUUCAGACAAAGACGAGUGCUCUAAGGAGAACGGUGGCUGUCAACAUGAGUGUGUCAACACCUUUGGGAGCUACAGCUGUCAGUGCAGGAGUGGCUUUGUGCUGCAUGAAAACAAACAUGACUGUAAAGAAGCUGGCUGUGAUCACACUGUGAAUAGUGUCAGUGGUGUCAUCACCAGCCCCAAUUGGCCGGAUAAAUACCCCAGCAAGAAGGCCUGCACCUGGGCACUCACCACCACUCCGGGCCACCGCAUCAAAAUUGCCUUCAAUGAGAUCGACAUGGAGGCCCACCUGGAGUGUGCUUAUGACCACAUUGAGAUUUACGAUGGGCGAGAUGGGAAAGCUCCGAGUCUGGGUCGCUUCUGUGGCACCAAAGAGCCCCCACCCAUCAUGUCUAGUGCCAACAAGUUGUUCAUUCGCUUCUUCUCUGAUAACUCAGUGCAGAAGAAAGGCUUCGAGGCUUCACAUACUGCAGAGUGUGGAGGUCGCCUAAAGGCGGAGGUCAAAACCAAGGACCUGUUCUCCCAUGCCCAGUUCGGGGACAACAACUACCCUGGGGCCUCCGACUGUCAGUGGGUGAUCUCAGCGGAGAAGGGCUACGGCGUGGAGCUCAUCUUCCAGACCUUUGAGAUUGAGGAGGAGGCGGACUGCGGCUAUGACUACAUGGAGCUCUUCGAUGGAGCAGACACCAAGUCUCCACGGCUGGGACGUUACUGUGGCUCAGGGCCUCCAGAGGAGAUCUACUCGGCCGGUGACUCCAUUGUGAUCAAGUUCCGCUCUGACGAUACAAUCAACAAAAAAGGAUUCCACGUCCGCUACACCAGCACCAAGUUCCAGGACACACUGCACUCACGCAAGUGACCAGCGGGGGCCGGAAGGGGCCGUGCGGGGCAAAGGGGCAAGCGGAGGGGCCCCCAGGGGAGGCGCCAGCCUGACGCUCGGAAACCUUCGGCCACCAAGAUGAAUCAGACACGACAGAACAGCCGCAAGACCACCAACCGCACCUCAGCUCCUAGGGGCUCUAGCUCCCCCCACAGACUGUGAGGAGUAAAGCCAUUCUGCAGUACACCUUGUUUUUACCUUUGUAUGGUUAGGAUUGGGGUGGGAGGAUGAACGUCCACCUUAGGCGGACAGUAGGGGAAAAUUUAUUGACCCAGACCCCUCCAGAUGUUUUUUUGUUUCUUCUUCUUUUUUUUUAAACGUGCCUCCUAACGAGAGGCACAAAGGAAAACAGUGGAUUCUCAGGACCUGUAGGAAGGCAGGCAUCAGCUGGACAGAUCCCUGCUUUUGUCGGGCCAGCCCACCACAUCCAGGGGGAGGAGAGGAAGAGGAGGAGGAGUAAGGGAAGGUCUCCUUCACUCCUCAAUAAUUGCUCUCCUCUCCUCACACUCUCAUCCCUUUGGUUCAAGGAUUCCUAUCUGUAAGAGGAUUAGAAGGACUUGACUUGAGAUUUUUGAUGCUGUAUGUCAGUCAAUUGCAUGUAAUUACAAGGAGAGAAGGAAAACUGUACAGUGACAACACCAGCAUUUGUAAUUGGCAUUGUCCUGGCAACCAGUGGCAAGAUUCUCGUUGUUUUCAACAUUAACAAGGAAAUUAAGGAAGCAGUUAUCUUAUUAAAGGACUAAUAAAUGAGUUGUGGUCCAUGUCUUCUGGUUGGUAAUUGCUUGCCUGAUGACUGGCUAUUACUGUACCUCCAUGUAUAAAGUAAUGUGUAUGAUCUUUCAAAGGGAACAUGUGCUUUUCUCAGCUCGAACCAGUUAGCACUUUACAGUGAAUUGUUCCAAAAUCAUGAGCUUAUGAAUUUUUGUGAAAUGCAAUGCCAGUUCACUUAUUUUUAAAUGCAUUUUAUCUCUCUUAUUCUUCAUUGGUUUUUUUUUUUUGUUUCUGGUUUUUUUUUUUUUGUUUUUUUUUUGUUUUUUUUU